GUGUGUUUCAAGCAAGUAUUACGCAAGAUUACAAACCAGUAGGUGACCUCACAUGACAAGAACCGCCUCUCUCCGGACACCCCACGGACACCACGCCCACCACGCCCACAUGUUACAGGUACACAUUCUCGUAUUUGUCUAUGUCGGGAUGUUUGCAGUAGUAUGGGCCUCUUCAGAGUUCCAUAAAACGUGGCUUUGUCUUCACUGCACGGGGGUGGACGAUCCAUCUGAUUGUAACGCUUUCAGAGUCUGUCAGGAACCGAUGAUCUGCUCUGCCACCAGCUACGUCACCCCAUCGGGAAGGGUUCUGUACGACAUGGGCUGCAAGCAUGCUCUGAAUCUGGCCAAUCCAACCUUCGCACCAAGUACGGCGUUGCCUUCCAUGAUGACUUUGCCCGCUGGGUCUGACCGGAAGCGGUAUCUUUGUGACCGGCUGUGUUUUUCUCAUUUCUGCAACUACAGGCUGUGUCCGAGUUACAAAUCUCGGACGAAUAUCCGGUGUGUGACCUGCUCCGGGGUCAGUGACCCCAGUAGAUGUGAAAGAAUAAGAACAUGUUCCUCACACGAGGUGUGCAUGUAUCAGAAUUACGUCACCGACAUGUUGGAGCUUCGGUACUCAAUGGGAUGCGUGUACAAGCAGGUAUGCGACAUCAACAAUGGAAGGAAACGACAGUUACGUAGGAAUUGUUGUGACACAGAUUUCUGUAACAUGGUGUCGGCUUUAGGUGUCACAUCGCCGUCUGCAUCAACAAUGUUUACCUCAACUUCAACCUCAGCCUCGACUACAAGUACUACCAUAAUCCCGUCUGCAAUGACUUCACCAACAACAGCUACUACAAGUAGUACAACCGCAGCAACGAGACCUACACAACGAAUUACAAAUGGGCCGAUAUGCUUGUCGUGCCGGUCAUUCAGUCAGCGGAAAGGAUGCAGUACUGUAACGGUCUGUCAAUCUGACCAGGUGUGUUAUUUAUCUGUGGACAAGUCGGCAAAGGGGCUGACGUAUUCCUCUGGCUGUACGUCGAAGACCCUUUGCAGUGGGUUCGGGACUACACUUAUUGGUAAGAGAUCGAACGAUUCUAGUCAGAUGACGUCAGGUGCGGCCGUCCAACGUUGCUUCCAGUGUUGCGGUUUCAACUUCUGCAACUACGAUCUGUGUUCUUCCAUCUUCAUGUCGACACUAGUGGGUUAGAUGAAAAGACGCCAUGCACGAUUUUUCAACACAAGGGACAGGGCUGAGCCAAUCACUAUUUCUUCGUAGUGUUAUAUAUAUAUGUAUUGAUACCAUCAUUCCAUAUACAUAUUCUUUAAUAAAUGAUUAAA